CCGCUUGGUUAACAAACUGUAAAUUAAUUAUUAGACGAAUAAUAUUGUCUGAAAAUGUCAAAUAGUCACUUAUUUCUCAAGUCGGGGUUUCCACGUGCCCCCUUGCAAAAUGGGCUUGGCCGAUAUGUGUGCCAGCUGCAGCGCAUAACGCUCAAGUUUUGCAAGAACAACGGCUCCAGCAGAGGCAUGCGGGAUUUCAUUGAAAACCAUCUAGUGGAUUUUGCAAAGGAGAAUCCUGGCAUUGUGGUUUAUGUAAAGCCGCGCCGACAUCGCACACCCGUACUAGUAGGCGAAUACUUAAAUGGUGAACGGGAAUGGCUCAAUUGUCGCAACAACACCAAGGAUGAGAUCUCAAAGUGGAUAGAGCUGCUGAAGACACAAAACGGCUGCUCCAGCUCAUUACGCUUGCGGAAAAUGUGGCACACUGACGUACCUUCCGUACAAGGGCCCUGGACACCAUUCCUGCUGCGUUCGCCCGAUGCAAAUAGCAUAGAAUAUCCAAAUAUAGAUGCAUCCAAGCCCUUGGAUAUUCCGAAAACAGCCACCGAUAAGCUCAUUGAAUUGUUUAAAAAACAAAAACUGGAGGCUGGCGAUGGUGCAGAAGAUUUGCUGAAGCAGAAGCGAGCCGAGUAAAUAUUCAAACUAUUUAAUGUUACAAAUACAAUUAAGUUGAGUUGGCUAAUCGUUGUCUUUAUUUGAUAAAUAUUCAACAUAAAGUGGUGUUCAAAAAUUUAAAAAUAAAUACUUUAUAACUAAAAGACAACUGU